AUGCCACCCACAUUUUAUAAUGAAGGUCUAUCAUUCACUAAAGGAAACUCGUCAAAAGAUGAUAGUACGACAAAAUCUAUGGCCGGAACAAUGCUGAUGAUGGCAGCUGUUCAUGAUGAGUAUUCUGACUUUGAAGACAGCGAAGAAGAAUCGAUAUCAUCACAUCAACAACCUAAAGAGGAAGAAGAAAAACGACCACAACCACAAUGGGGUAGUAUGCAAUCAUCUAUGUCAUUUAAUGAACCAUCGUCUCAGAAUCUUCAGAAAUAUGGUAUUGGUGCAAAAUUAUUAAUGAAAAUGGGAUACGAAGAAGGAAAAGGGUUGGGUAUAAACCAAGAAGGGAUUGUGAAACCAAUUGAAACAACUCUACGACCUAAAGGAUUGGGUGUAGGGGCGAUCAGUGAAAGAAAGAAAGAUGAAUAUGACGAGUCAGAUAAAGAUAGAAUGGAUAUUGAUUUUGAAGAUGAAGGGAAGGAGAAAGAUACCAGAUGUCGAAUAUUAGCCAAGGAAUUAUAUGAUAUUAUUUUGAAACUCGAAAGACUCGAUGUGACGGUUCCCGAGAAAGUCAAAACUUUCCACACAGAAUUUUCAACAGGAAUGGAUGAGUUGUUAAUUGAAAAGUGUAAAAAUUUAAUAGCAGUAUUGAGUAAGUCAUAUGAAGAAGCCAGUACUAUAGUUGCCAGAGAAAAAGUUAUAGACUACCUGCUACAGGAGCUUGAGAGAAACCAAGAUGCAGAAAUACUCAAUCAAUUACAGCUAUUAAAGAAUAUUCUUGACAAAUACGACAAUGGAAAUGUUUCUGUUGAGGAAACAACCGAGUUUUUAUUGAGAGAGUGUACAAAUUAUGACAAUGCAAGAUCGGUAUUUUUAUCUUUGAAUCAAGAAAGAAUUGACAAAUUGAUGAGUGUACAAUUGAGUAGUUUGGACGAGCAACGUGAACAUGUGAUUCCACAGUUGAAUAUACUAAAAGAAGAGCUAUCAAAAUUUCUGUCAAGUCGAUUUUCAUGGGAUAGCUAUCUUUAUCAAAAAUACAAUAAAUACAUUCAAGAUAUAAUAACAACUGAAUCUCAUGAGGAUAUUGAUGAUAUAUUGCAGUCUGUGUUCUCUAUGUGGAUAACUCAGCCGGUAUUUGAAAACCAAGAUAUGAUGUUUAACUUGUUUGCUAAGAAUGCUAUAAUUCCAUUUGUUUCUGAGAGGAUUCAAGAAUGGAAUCCAAAUGAUUCAUCAUCGGGUGCCAAUUUUUUGUUGAAUUACUUGUUGAUUUUCUGUGAAGAAGAUUUGGGUCCAUUUGAAGAUGUCUUUCUAGAAUGUAUUGAUAAAUACAAGAAGUUCAUGGACUUGAAUGAGACUGGUUCACUCUGGAGGAGUUGUACUUCAGACAAGUAUUUGAAUCAAGUGAUAAGACAAAUUGAAAAUUAUAGGCAGAAUUGGGUACCAUUGAUAGAAAAACAUAUUCCACGGAAGAAACAAACAAUAUAUGAUACGUUCAUUCAUUCAUUUUCUCAGUGGCUUGAAAAGUUGACAUAUAUAGAAGUGCAAACCAAUACUAAACUCAAUAUUGCAUUUCUGUUGCUUGAGUUUGUUGAACCCGAUGACCUAUUAAACUUACUUCAGUUUAGAAUAUUCAAUCAAUGGUUACAAACAAUGAAUCAAGUAUAUAGUGAGAGAGAUCCAAAGAAAGUGGUAACGUGGUAUAGUUCUUGGUACAACUUUUUUGCAACUAAAUUAGAUAAAUAUGGCCACGUUGUUGCAAACGUUAUACAAUGGUAUUUGAACAAAGGGUUAGAAGUGAUCGAAUCAAACUUUGACAACGACAUUCAAAACUCCAUUCCCAAAUUAAAUGGUUGUAUUAUCCCAAGUGCUGAUGACUUAUUUAGUUCAACAACUCAGAUUAAUGUUAAUGGUAUACCUUCCUAUAAAUUGAUGACGUCAUACAAGGAUGUGGUGUCUGAUUUUUGUCUAAGCAACAAUAUUGUCAUGACAGCAAGCAAAGAUAAGUUCAAUACGAGUAACGGACUACCAAUUUAUCGAUUUGAUCACGAUAAUCAUUCCAUUUCGGGGUUUAUAGAUGACGAUGUUUUGUGGGUUAGCAAAGUUAAGAAUAGUCAAGAAUUUCAGCCAAUAAGUCUAGAACAAAUAUUGGAUUACUUAUAG